UAUAUGGAUGGGCACUAGCCCUAGAAAACCAUCAUCCACUACAUCUGCUCUUGUAAUAAUUACGAAUUAAUGAUGUUAUGACUUCUCUCAUCGACCAUGCAAAUUUGAUUCAUUAUUAUAUAUGUGCUCUUCUCUAUAUAAACAGUUCAUCCAGCUUCAGUUUCUCAUCACUGCAAAACAAAGCUAGAGUUUCUCUUUAGGAAAACUACUGCUUUGAUUUUUUUCAUUCAGAGAUAGAGUUUUCUUUUCUGUUUGAGCAGUAGAGAUAUGGCAUUUCACCUUCCUUGGGUUUUCCUUUUUGGUCUUUUAGGUAACAUCAUCUCCUUGUUAGUAUGCCUUGCUCCUAUGCCAACUUUUUAUCAAAUAUGCAAGAAGAAAACAAGUGAAGGGUUUCAGUCCAUUCCAUAUGUAAUUGCAUUGUUUAGUGCUAUGCUGUGGUUGUUUUAUGCAGUUUUUGCGGAAGAUGCUACCCUUCUCAUUACCAUCAACUCCUUCACAUUUUUCAUGGAAGUUAUCUACAUUACUCUCUAUCUUUUCUAUGCCAUCAAGAAGGAUAGGAUUUUGACCACAAAACUUAUCCUCUUGUUCAAUGUAUUUGGGUUUGGCACCAUUUGUCUUUUAGCUCUCUUUCUAACCAAAGGUGAAAAAAGAGUCCAUGUGUUGGGAUGGAUCUGUAUGAUUUUUUCUCUUUGCGUUUUUGCUGCACCUCUUGGCAUUGUGAGAAAAGUCAUAAAAACCAAAAGUGUGGAGUUCAUGCCUUUCUCUUUAUCCUUCUUCCUGACUUUGAGUGCAGUCAUGUGGUUCUUUUAUGGGUUUUUGAAGAAAGACCUUUUUGUUGCUGUUCCAAAUAUAUUGGGGUUCAUAUUUGGAGUUCUCCAGAUGGUUCUAUAUAUGAUUUAUAGAAAUCCCAAGAAUGGUUUGGAUGAGAAGCCAAAACUCCAUGAAUUAUCAGAUCAACAUAUUAUUGAAGUGGCAACUAUCUUGAGCAAGUUAGACAGCUCAGUGGUUACAGUAGAGAAGAAAGAAGAUAUUCAAGAUCAAGAUUCCAAGAAACAAAACCAGAAAAUCAAGAAUCAAGAAAAGAAUAAUGUCUUCGACACCGUUUAACUAAACAAUUAUUAAUUAAUUAAUUAAUUAAUUAAUGUCCAGUAUUAAUUAUCUUUAAGUUCUAGCUAGUAAUCAAGGAGCGAAAAGGAUACCGCUACUUGUUUUAAUUUCUUCCACAUGUCGUAUUAUGUAAUUUAUGUUUUUUUAUGAGAAAAUAAAAUACUCCAAAAAAAAAAAAAAAAUUUAAUUUUCCU